AUGGCGUGCAAAAACUGUCGCGCUCGUAAGAUCCGAUGCGACCAGACGCGCCCGGUAUGCCAUAACUGCAGGCUGCGGUCGAGCCAGUGUACAUAUGCUGGCGAGAGGCGAAUCCGUCGCCGUACCCACGGCGGCAUCGUCGGCCAUCGACCCUCACUUACUAAUUACACCAACCAUCCUCCAAUAAUGCCCCCGGUGCCGUUACCGCCAAUAUCAAUCAGUGAGGACGACGGCCAAAACGAUGACGGGCAGCUUGUUUGUGGCACCAAUUCCUCUAACCACGGUAAUACCGUCAACACAGGGGCACGAGCAUGUCCACAUACGUACGACACAACUAUAGUCGUCCAAACACUGGACAACCCGGACGAUGAUUAUAUAGCCCCUAUCCUGGACCGAAUUCUGGAUGCAGACGAUGGAGAGCAUGCUCAAGGCGGCCAUCCUGCCUUAUGGAUUCGAGCCGAGGAUGGAGACGAGUACACUGGCCCGUCAUCUGGUAUUUCUAUCGUGUCUGACUUGGGACUGGAUUGGAUACGCAAACACAUCCCAGACUCCGACGGGCUCUGCGAGACCAUCCAGGAUAUCCGGAAUACGAUGCUUGCUCAGCUCAGGCAGCCAAAGUGCAUAUCUCAGGCUGUCCCGUGCGGUGCGGCGAGUAGAGCAGUUCCUGGCUUACAGCCGACAUCGCCUGCAGUCGUCAAGAAAUAUGUCGACGCUUACUUCUCAACAGUUCAGACCAUAUUUCCCGUACUAGACCGACAGCAGUUUGAAACCCAGCUAGCGACCUUCGGCACCGAUCCAAACUGCAAGUCCUCGUCAUGGAAAGCCCUCCUCAGUGCGGUUCUAGCUUCGGGCUGCCGAGCGGCACUAUCCAACGAGACGACUGAGGCGUUCCAACAAUCUGGCCGCGAAUCGUGGGAAUACUUCAGAGUCGCUCUAUCAUACGAACCUGAGAUCCUCCAUGGCACCACAGACCUCGUGGCAGUACAGGCCUUUGCCGUCCUGACCAUCUUCGCGCAGGGGUUGUCAUGCCCCCAGCGACUAGAAUUUACCCUAUGCUCCAUCGCCUCACGACUAGCUCAAAGCAUUGGACUCUAUCACCAUCCGUCCCAGAAAUGGAAUCUGAGCGAAGAGGAAAAGUUCCACAGGGCUCGCGUGUUCUGGGUUAUAUAUUGCCUCGACAAGACCAUUGCCCUGCGCUGUGGCAGACCCUCGGCUAUCAAUGAUGACGAGAUUAGUGUCGGCUUUCCCCAAGGCGUGCAGAUGUCCUACCAUGACCUUUCCCACCCGGCAAUUACAGAUCGGGGUCAGGAAUUUGACUUCUUUCGAACAUUCACCAAGCUUACUCGAAUCUGCGGCGCUGUUUCGCGUAGGCUCUACUCGGCAACCGCCCUCUCUUCAUCUUCGGCUCAGCUUUCCACUGCUUUCGACCGCUUGCUAGCAGAACUUGAGGAAUGGAAGCAAGCAAUACCAACCGAAAUUCAACCUGAAAGACCCCCUGGUCGAAUUGCUGAUUCCAAGGCGCCGUCUCGGUUUCAGCUUCUCGUUUUGCAUUGUUCUUAUCAUUAUGUCUUGUGCGCAAUUUAUCGUCGAUUUACGCCGCUGUUCACCCAAAAUGAAAACGCUCAGCCUGUCACGGCUCAAAGCACUAUGAAGAGAAACAUCGGAGCGGCGAGAUCUAUGGCUCUGCUGACCAAACACCUUGACGUGGAGAGUUUGACUCCUACAUGGCAAGUCCCUGGCCGACAUUGCUUCGGACCUCAAUUGCUCGGGUUCUAUUACCCCUUCACGGCACUCACCACCAUUUUCGUUCACGUAGUUUCCAACCCCGAAGACGAAUCGACCCGCAAUGAUAUUGCUUUAAUGGAAGUCAUUGUUGGCUUCUUUGGUCGGCUGGAGUACAUCACUUCCGGAGAGGCCGCUUUCACGAAGGCGAGCGAGUUUGUUCAUCAAGCUCGGCGCAUGGCGGACCGAUAUGAUGAUGGUGGACGUUCUGACUCACGAGGACACGAGCCCCGGGGCAGGGACGCGAUGGACCAAGACUACCCGUUGGAUAAUCGCUCGGAAAUGGAUUUCAUGUCGCUGGACGUCACAUUUGAGCCUCAGACCAGGGAAAAUCAAGUGUCUAGCACUCUGUCAAACCAGCCCUUUCCCAAUGGAUCCCUCUGCGACAUCCUGGGACAGCAGCUAGAACCUAUCCGCCAGCACGCUGCAGAGCCGAUCGUUGGCAAUAACAGACAGUGGGAUUCAACUUCCAGCCCGGAUAUUUCUUCUCGGAUUUUGUUUUCAGAUGUUAUGAGUCUUCUGGAGAACAAUCAAGUUGAUAAUUCUGACGAAAGCUGGCUUGAGACCUGGGUUGCAACUGGCCUGACUGGUAAAUAA